GCAAAAUUUAGUGACUAGUAUUUUGACUACUAAAUUUUAACUUGACUUAGUCAAUUUUUGGAAGCAUUAAAUCAAGUUGGUACUGCCAACUGCCACCAGAUAAACAGACAUUUGUCUCCAAAAACUUCUUCAAUCUCUUCCUAUAACCAUUUCACCCUUUUCCCUCUUUCACUUCAAUUUCUCCUUCAAAAAAUGGAUUUCAAAAUCAACGAAGGAUCAAAACCAUUUCUCUCACUUUUUCUCUUUCUGCUGUUUUCUUCCAUUUUCCCGCUUUCUUUCUCAGCUGCCAAUAAACCCCUUAACUCCGAUAAACUCCACCGGCUUGUUUCCUCCGCCGUUUUCCGUCUUCACGGAAAUGUUUACCCCCUAGGGUAUUAUACAGUGUCUCUCAAUAUUGGUUAUCCUCCAAAGAUUUAUGACCUUGAUAUUGACUCAGGUAGUGACCUCACUUGGGUUCAGUGUGAUGCACCAUGUAAUGGUUGCACCAAGCCUCGUGAGCAACUCUAUAAACCCAAAAACAAUCUUGUGCAAUGUGUGGACCAAUUGUGUGCUGGAGUGCAUUUAACAUCAGACUAUCACUGUGAUACCCCGAAUGACCAGUGUGACUAUGAGGUUGAGUAUGCAGAUCAUGGGUCGUCUCUGGGGGUCCUCGUCCGAGACUAUGUUCCGCUUCAAUUCACUAAUGGAUCUGUGCUACACCCUAAGAUAGCCUUUGGAUGUGGAUAUGAUCAAAAGUAUUCUGGUCCUACCUCUCCACCUGCUACCACCGGAGUUCUUGGCCUUGGCAAUGGCAGGACAAGUGUUUUGUCUCAGCUUCACUCUCUAGGUCUGAUUCGCAACGUAGUUGGUCAUUGCUUAAGUGGUCGAGGAGGGUAUCUAUUCUUUGGAGAUGAUUUCAUUCCCUCAUCAGGAAUUGUUUGGAUACCCAUGUUGCCUAGUUCUUCAGAAAAACACUACAGUUUAGGACCAGCAGAGCUUCUUUUCAAUGGAAAGCUUACUACUGUUAAAGGUCUUGAACUUAUUUUCGAUAGUGGAAGCUCUUACACUUACUUCAAUUCCAAAGCUUAUCAUGCUAUUGUUGAUCUGGUAAAUAAUGAAUUAAAGGGAAAACAACUGACAAGAGCAACUGAGGAUCCAUCUCUUCCAAUUUGUUGGAAGGGUGCAAAGUCUUUCAAAUCUGUAACUGAUGUCAAAAACUAUUUCAAGCCCUUAGCUUUGAGAUUCAAAAAAGGGAAGAAUUUGCAGAUGCUAAUACCACCAGAAGCCUAUCUCAUUGUUACAAAACAUGGAAAUGUUUGCUUGGGGAUUCUGGAUGGCACUGAAGUAGGACUAGGAGAUCUUAACAUAAUAGGAGACAUCUCUUUACAAGAUAAGAUGGUAAUAUACGACAACGAGAGGCAGCAGAUUGGAUGGAUUUCUUCUGAUUGCGAUAGGAUACCCAAUAUCGAUCGUGACUUUGAAGGUGAUGCUUUUCCACACCCUUAUGCAGCCAAUUUGGGUAUCUUUGAGGACCAAUGUCCCGCCGCUUCUGAAAUGUCAGACAGAUACCAAUGAGUUGCUUGGCAGAGGAUGUCUAUAGAUAGUUUGGAUUAGCAUAUAUAAUUCCAUUAUGUACAACAUAUACAGAUUUUUUUGUCAACUUACUAUGAUGUAAAUGCUUCAUCAGCUACAAUGUUUGACAGUAAAGUAGGCAUAUUGUUCAAAAUACAACUACCAUUGGAGCAUUCUGUUCA